AACGACGCCAAAGAGCGAGAAGCAAACAACAAAGUGAAGCACGCACGCACACACACACACGCACACACACACACACACACACACAUAGAGUAUGGCUGAUGAUGACGAUCUUCCACCUCCUUUGGAGGACAUGGAGGAAGAGCUUGCGCUGCUGGGGAAGCUGCGGCAGCUGAAACAAGCCACUGCAACGACACCGAGCUCAUCGUCUUCGGCAAGAACAACCACCACCAAGCACACCGCGAAGAGCAGCAGUGGCACGCCAACAAAUGCGGCGACAAAGUCGUCCACAGCCACUGCACGGCCAACAAAGGCAACUACCAGCAGCAACACAUCAACCACACAGAGGAAGCAGGCAACAAAGAGCAAGAGCAGCGCGAAAAGUGGCAGCAGUGGCGGCGGCGGCGGCGGCGGCUUCUUUGGUGGCUUCUCCAAAGGGUUCCUAUCUGGCGGACUGGGCAGCGACAGCAAGCCAGCGAAGAAGAAGACGGCGCAGAGCAGACAGAAGAGGGCAACAACAGCACCCAAGAAAAAGGUGGAGGAGAUUGAGACGAUUCGGCCCAAGGCGUCGGCGAAGGACACGCCCGUUGGCGUGCUGCCUGAGGUCCAAGAGUCUCUUCGUGAAGCGACGCCGUUUCUCGAGCGGACAAAGGAUCAGUGGCUGAACGCGGACCUCCUCAAGCGGUUUCAAAGCAACCCUUUCCUUCUCCAGUGUCUGUCAGACCCAUCGUUUGUUGAAGCACUGUCGGACUUUCAGAAGGACCCUGCAGCAGCAAAGAAGAAAUACGCAAACAACGACAAGGUGCUCCGGUUCUUCAAGGAGUAUUUCAAGGUGAUGGGCGCCCACUUCACAGAGCUGGGCGACAAGGAGGACCAAGAGAAACAACAACAGCAGCAGCAACAGCAACAACAACAGGGGGUGGAUGUGAAGUUUCCAGCCCCGCAGUGAGGCGUGAAUACGUGUGGUGGUGUCCUGUUGUGCUGUACACCAUUUCGUUUGUGUCGUAUCGUGGUCGGUCGUCGUUUACACGCACACACAGCAGUGUUUGCGAUUAUACGUUUGUACAGAGGUCGCAAUAAACAAACACACAAGGUAA